AUGUCCGCCAAAAUCCCCGUCGCCAUCGUCGGUCUAGGUUGCAAAUUCCCCAAAGGCUGCAACGACAAGGAGACCUACUACGAGUUCCUUCGCAACAAGGGAGACGGCAUGGUCCCGCCUCCCGCCAGCCGCUGGAACCACAAGAAGUGGUUCUCCGAGCGCAAGGAUGAACCGGGCAAGUAUUGCGCCCCCACCGCCGGCUUCGUGGACGAUAUCGACAUGUUCGACCCCACUGAGUUUGGAAUCAGCGUCAAGGAGGCGCAAUUGCUUGAUCCCUCCCUCCGGCUCUCCUUGGAAGUCGCUCAUCAGGCUCUCCACGACUCUGGCGCGGCCUACAGAGGCACCAACACCGGUGUUUACCUCGCUCAAUUGUUGACCUCCACUGCUGAAUUGGAAGACGAUCCGUAUGAAAUCGACCACAACAAUGGAGUUGGGAAAUGCGUCGCUAUUCGCGCGAACCGCAUUUCCUACACUUUCAAUUUGCAAGGGCCGUCCCUGGUCAUUGACACUGCAUGCUCUUCUUCCGGGACGGCUAUGCACCUCGCCUUGCAAGCCAUUCGCCUCGGUGAAAUCGACCAAGCUCUCGUGGUCGGCGCCAGCACGAUGGUGAACCCUGAGCACACAGUCUCCUUUUCCAAACUUGGCGUUCUUUCUGCCACCGGUUCCUCCAAAUCCUUCGAUGCCGCCGGUGACGGUUACGCCCGUAGCGAAGGUUAUGCGGCCGUGCUCGUGAAGCGUCUCGACCAUGCCAUUCGCGACGGCGACAGGAUCUACUCCGUCAUCGCCGGAAGCGCCAUCAAUACCAACGGAAAGGGCAAAUCGCUGACCAUGCCCGAAGGCGACAUGCAGGCAGAAGUCAUCCGCACUGCUUACAGGCGCGCCGAGCGCGACCCCGCUGAAGCCUUCUUUGUCGAACUUCAUGCCACGGGAACUGUUGUCGGCGAUCCCAUCGAAACCAAUGGCGCCGCCAAAGUCUUCGCUCCGAAUCGCGACCAAUCCAAAACCCUUCGAAUCGGUUCUGUUAAAGGCAACAUCGGACAUGCCGAGGGAUGCUCCUUCCUCGCCAGUUUGAUCAAAGUCACGAUGAUGAUGCAUCAGAAGGAGAUCAUCCCCAACUACCGCUUCAACAGCCCCAACAAGAAGAUCGACCUCAAGGCCCUCAACAUGCGCGUGCAGACUGAACUCGAGCCAAUGACUCCCGAGCUCGCGGCUGCUGAUGGAAAGUGGGUGGCUUCUGUUUCCAGUUACGGAGUCGGUGGUGCAAACGCGCAUCUCGUUCUCGAGACUUUCGAAUCGGCCCAGCAAAUGAUCGCACUCGCAGCCGAGCCUGACUCGAUCCCGAUGUCGGUCGCUCAACGAGCAAGCCAAGAGGAGAACGACACUUCCGGCGCCGUCAGCGAGAAGCGCGCGGCCGACCCGCAUUACCUUUUCUCCAUCGGCACAAUGACCGCCAGCUCAUUGACCCAAUGGGGCAAAGACCUUGGUGAACACUUCGCAUCCUGCGAUGACGCCGACGUUCUCCGAUCGUUGUCGCGCUCCCUCGGUCGUCAAGCCAGGGAUUACCCUUACCGAUCAUUCGCGGUUGGCAAGCGACUUGACACCUCUCUCUCGUUCUCCAAGCCCGCCCUCAGCACCCACACGGCUAGGGCCAGCAAGAAGCUGUGUCUUGUCUUUGCCGGACAGGGACCUCAACACGUUGCGAUGGGCAAGGAGCUCGCCGCAGCCUUCCCGGAAUUCCUGGCCUCCGUUCGCCAGUCGGACGAGAUUCUGACUUCCGUGUACGGACAAGAGUCCUUCAUCGACCGCACUGGAGUUUUCGACCCCAACUCUCCGUGCAAGCUCCCCGCCAAUGGUGUCUGGCCCGUUCGAGACGUCGUCUUCUCCCUCGUCUUCAUGCAAUGUGCAUUGGUUGACCUCCUCCGGGCGAAGGGUGUCGCUACUUACGAGGUGUGCAUGGGACACUCUAUCGGGGAGAUCGCCAUGGGCUACGCUUCGGGACACUACCCGUCGAAGGAGAUGGUUGUCGGGAUUGCGGUAGCUCGCGCAGCGGCGAUGACACACGCCGAGGGCAACGGUGCCAUGGCCGCUCUCGGAACAAGCGCCCAGCAAGCCCGACUCCUCAUUCGCAAGGUGCUGAAGCAGGAGAAUAACGCCGAAAACGGGCAUAAAGAAGACAUGUGGAUCGCCGGUAUCAACUCUCCCAACGGAGUCACGGUUGCUGGUACCCAUCACGCUAUCGACGCUCUGGUUGCCCACGCCAAGAAUGCUAGCGUCUUUGCUGCCAAGCUUCGCGUCACCUGUGCGUUCCACACCCCGCUCAUGUCCAAGUGGGAAACUCUUUUCAAGAACAACGCUACCCCGGUCUUCGCCAUGGGCAACGCUGCCGGACCCUGCUCGCGCGUCAUGUCUACCGUUACCGGCGAUUGGGUUGACGAGCUGAACCUUGAACUGGCUUGGCAAAACAUUGAAAGCCCUGUACUCUUCGGACCGGCAUUGAAGAAAGUGAUCGACGAGUAUGGCGAGGAUAUCGCAUUCCUCGAGAUUGCUCCUCAUCCCGUCCUGAAGGCGUACAUCGAGCAGUGCGGCGGCUCGUCGCCCAUCAAUUUGGUCCGUCGUCCUGAUCGCAAGAACCCGGCUAGCAACACUGGUGAAGACUUCCAAUUCCUCGAAGGCCUCGGCCAGUUGAUUUCGUCCGGAUACACUUCGCUGGAUUUCGACAAAUUGUGCGCCCUUCCAUCAAAGGCACAAGAACAUGUCGCCAUCACCAAUGUCGCCGACUUUGUGGAAGUCGCUCUGCCUCCGUACCCAUACACCUCCAAGCGUUCUUGCUGGAAGGAAGACCAAAGUGCUUACUCCCGCAAGCACCAAGAAGACAGUCUUCCUCUCGGCGCACCUCACUUCCGCCUCAGUGUCAGCACCCACCCCGCCCUCGUGGGUCACACGGUUAUGGACAGUGUCCUCUUCCCGGGGUCGGGAUACGUCGAGGCCGUUCUGCAAAACCAGGCGAUGGUAGUGAAGGACGUCAUCAUCGGAAAGGCCCUCGUUCUGCCUGACGCAGAGUCUCUCCCCAUUCACGUCGCCUGCGCCAUCGAAGGCGACAAGUUCCAGUUCAAGUCCGCCACUAACCAGGAGUUCAAGAAUGGAGAUGUCGUUUUUGACACCGUGCAUGCCUCCGGCUGUCUGGCCUACACCAACCCCGCGUUGGACAAGCAAAACCCUCCCACCGCCGACAUCCAGAAAUGGCUUGGGAUGUCUACCGCCAAGAUGACGGGCGACCAGUUCCACGGCGCUAUCCCAAAAGGCUACAAUUACACCGGCUCCUUCCGGGACUUCCUGGCCGAAGUCCACCAGCUGAACGACCCAAACUCGUGGGGCGGCACAUCUUACCUCGGCAAGUUUUCGAUCAAGCAAGACUACCCCGACCUGUUCGACCGCGGCUAUGUCCUGCACCCAGGCAUUCUAGACAGCAUGACUCAGAUCGGUCUGGCGAUGUUCAUCCAAUUCGAAACCCUCAGCUUCGACAUGAACGGAUUGUUUGUGCCUGUCAAGAUUGGCUGCAUCACGCGUUGGGAGGACUCCAAGUCCAUUGUCGACGAGGUCAUUCGCGGAAAGGACGUUUAUGUCCAUUUCCAUUUCGACACCUGGUCUCCGGACGGGCCUUACGUCGCAAGCUACACUAUUGCUCUCGAAGAUGGUCGCGUCCUUCUGACCAUGGAGGACUUCGAGAUCGCGCGGCUACCAACCGAGAAGGCAGUUUGCGUGAGCGAUGCCAACGUCAAGGAGAGGCUUACCACUUGCUGGCAGGCAAAGGAGAUGAUCCUUCCCGAAACCCGCAUCCUGUCUCUCCACACCGACUCUCUGCAUGCAACUGCUGCCGCUACGGUGAAAGAGAUUAUCGCACACACCGUUUUGCUCGGCCAGCGGAAGGCUCUUCGAAUCGCCGACCUGUCUCCUGACGCCGCUUUGGCCAAGGCCCUCGACCCGAUCUUGCUCGCCGUGGAUGCCACUGAACUCUCCAUAGAAUACACUUGUGCGGCGGGGGAUGCCGAAACGGCCGACGCAAAGAGCGAGGGAAUGAAGUACGCUAAUGUAGAGUCCGGCAUCUUCGAUCCGAUCUCCGCGGAAGAGACGACUCUUCGUGCGGGAUCCUAUGACAUCGUUCUUCACUCGCUGGAUAUUGUCGACCUCGGCGAACUCUGGAGAGACGAAGUUCAAGCGGUUAGCUCCCUGCUAGUUCCUGGAGGUUGUCUUCUGGCUCACGUCCCAGGUAAAGUUAGCCCUUGCUACCGCUUACUCUACAACCUCUCCAACCCAUUGACAUUGCUCUUUAUCCCAGGUAUCAAGGUCGACCUUCUCAACGACGUCUCUUCGUUCUUCAAGCGGACCGAGGACGACCGACUGGAACUCGAGAAACUUGACGACGGAAGCCAUCUGCUCGUCUUCAGCCGUCCCGCGGUUCCGAUCGAGUUCGCCGAAGCUUCUCCCGAAGACACGAACGGUCAGGUCACCAUUUUCCACAUGCACCGAGGCAAUGAAGGAGAACUUGCGGAAGCUGUGAAGGUGCAAGCGCCUUCCACCGAGCUUUAUAUUGUCGGAAACGAUGAUGCCGCGGGCAUUGGGGCUCUCGGCGUCGCCGCCUGCUUCGCCGCCGAACAGCCCGAAUUCACUGUGCGCUCCAUUCUGUUUGAGGACCAAACACUUUCUGAGCAGGACCGAAACGCCUUGAUCUACAGUCUUCGCAAGAACCCCGAGCUCCUUGAACAGCACAUGCGCCUCACGAAGGACGGCAAGCUCACCGUUCGCAGGCUCGUGCCCAGCGAUCUAGCCGUGAAACAACCCGACGCGGAGCACAUGCAACUGGUUCGAUCUGCUGCCGGGAAUUGGGAGUUGGCGGCUUAUUUCCCUCAACCCGUCAUCAGCAGCGAAGAUCACGAAUUCAUGCAAGUAAAGGUGGAUGCCGUGUCUGUCGGCUCCAACGUUGGCAGCACGGACAACGUUUUCGGAUUCGUUACAAAAGACAUUGUAGGAAUCGCAACCUCGAGCGCUACCCGUCCCAUCGCUGACGUGGUAUAUCCUCGCAUUGCUGGCGUGGCACGCCUAGAUGGCUCUUCGGCGAGUAUCGAAGUCGCUGCUUUGCUACCUGCCCUGCUACCGAUUUGGAUCGCCUUCGUUGAACAGGGACUCAUUCGCGCCACGGACUCUUUCCUCAUCGCCAAUGCUCACACCACCACGGGGUACCUUGCGGUUCAGCUUGCAAAGCGCCUAGCACCUUCUGGUCAAGUUUUCUGCACCGUCGACACUUUGGAACAAGCUCAACAGCUUGCCAGAGACCUUGAAGUCGAGCCCCAGUCUAUUCUGCUCAACCGCGGUCCCGAAGAAGCAUCCCGGAAGCUCAAAGCUUGGUUGAAAGCCAACCGUCGAUCGGGCUUCGAUCACGCAGUCAACACUACGGCCGACCGCGAGUUCGUUGCCAAUGCUGCCUUCCUCACCCCUGCGGGCCGCUACGUUCAUGUCAAGCGUUCGGCCUCCGAGGAGGUCCGCUUGCCUGCAACCGCCGCCGCCACCGUCACGGUAUCCUUGGUCGAUAUCCUCAAAUACAACCCCGAGGCCGUUGCGCAAGCUAUUUCCAAACUGGUCGCCGCUCAUCAGACAACACCCUUCCGAUUCCCUGUCGAGGUUACGUCUUUCGAAGAGCUUCCCGCCGCUUUGACUCGAACGACCGACUUCGCUCACGACACAAUCGUCGCUACCAUGAACCCUCUUCCUGCUCCCCAGCGCGUGAACACGACUGUUCAGAUCUUCGACCCCAUCAAGACGUACCUUCUCGUCGGUGGAUGCUCUGAGCUGGGUGUCCGCAUGUCGCACUGGAUGAUCAAGCUCGGCGCUCGCAACAUCUUCCUCACCAGCCGUCGUGGUGAACGCGCCCUGACCAAGGUCGACCGUUUCUAUGUCCACCACUUCCGGGAGCUUGGAGUGCGCGUUGAACUUGUGGCCGCAGACGCCUUGAGCGAGGAACACAUGAAGGGCUUAGUUGAUGAUGCCAGCGCUGUGGGACCUAUCGGAGGAAUCUUCAUGAUGGCGGUGAUUCUUCGGGACUCCAUCUUGCCAAAUCUUACCAACGAAGACUUCGAGACCGUCUGGGGAUCCAAAGUCGGCGCGCUCAACGUUCUUCUGUCGGUGAUGGAGCAGAAGAUCAACGACAUCGACUUCCUUCUACUUUUUUCAAGUAUUGCGGCCGUCACCGGAAACGCCGGACAGUCUGCCUACGUGCAAUCCCAAUUGUAUCUGGACAGGAUUGCGGAGGAACUUCCCAACACGGUAUCGAUGGCCUUCCCCGCCAUCACGGAUGUUGGAGUUUUCCGUCGAAUGUUGGAGCGUAUGGCUGCCACCGGCAGCAAAGCUGGUGAGAAGCUGAGCAAGAUGGGGAUGACGACUGACCAAGUGUGCAAUUUCGUCGGAGACGCUAUCGCCGGGAGGAGAAUCGGAAAGAAGAUCAACUCCGAGCUGUCCAGCAUCGCCCACUACGUACCGAUGCUCGCAACGGACUACAUUCCGAUUACCUUCCCGACUUGCGAACCCCUCUUCUUCAGCCACUUGCUGGGCCACCGCCGGAUUGCAAGCUCCGGGGACGGAUCGGGUCAGCGCAGCGCGGCGGACGACACCGUCGUCGGCAUGAUCAGCGGCAUGCUCGGAUUGGAGCCUUCGCAGCUCACCGAGGAGGCUCCUCUUACCAGUUUCGGAAUCGACUCUCUCGCGGCAUCGAACCUGAGCAGCAAGCUAAAGAUGAAAUUUGGCAUCGCUGUCAGUCAGAUUCAGCUCCUGGGCCGAACCAGCAUCGCGGACCUCAACACGAUGAUCGCGGCCGUUAACGUGAGCACCGCCGGCUCUGACUCCAAACAAGUCGAAGAUGUUAUGGAGGGCAAAUACGGCGCGAAACUCGAGCCUUUGCUCAAUGACAAGCUUGUGUACGGCCAAGCACACGUCACCGAGGCAUCUGCGCAUCAGUACCGCAUCUGGGUCGCACAAGCUGAGGCCGGCAAUGGCAAAAAGCUAUUGGCUAAUGCGGACAAGAAGCUUAGCCGCUUCGGAGCUACUCAGUGGGACACUCAUGAAGGCUACUACGUCCUUGUUGCCGCCAGAGACGGCGAUCUCGACGACCACGAGUACAUGUUGGAUGCAUUUAACGAGGUUGUUCAGCGCCACGGAGCCCUACGCACGAAGUUCACCUGGGACGAGAAGAAGGGGAAGCUGAUGCAAACCAUCUACCCUUUCGUCGAGUUUGAACCCGAAUUCAUCGACCUGAGCAUGCACGCCGAUGCUGAGGAUCGAGCCUACAAGAUGUCGGUCGAAGCCAACUACGAACCCAACUUCAAGCUCGACAGCCUGCCGUUGUUGAAGGCUAGCCUUUACAAGGUUGGGAGCGGACGAUGGGCAAUCAAUGUCAUCAUCCACCACAUUAUCAUGGACGAGGUGUCCAUGGCAAUCUUCUUUAGCGAGCUGACAACGAUCUACAUCAACCGCACUGGGUCCGUUCUCAAGCCGUUGGACAUCCACUUUUCCGACUUUAGUGACUGGCAAGCUCGCACUGCCGACGCACGUGCAUUGUUGAGGGAUGAUCAGCUCGCAUUCUGGAAGGCCGAGCUCAAGGACGCCAGGCCACUCCACCUUCCCCUCGCCAAGCGCUCGGAAGUCGCGCAGUCCAGCGUUACCCAAGUGGAAUUGCUUGCCCCGCACGACGUGGUGCAGAACUUCGCCAACCUCGGCGCCCAACUCGGCCUCACCAAAUUCGCAACGUUCUUCGCCGCCUACAAUAUCCUCCUGUACAAAUACUCCUCCCAGCGGUCGUUCUGCGUAGGCACCAUGGUCACCGAUCGUGGCUCGCACCAGCUGACAAGCACCAUCGGGUUCUUUGCCAACAUCCUCCCCAUCGGCGUCACCAUCGACGAGAACAUGUCCGUCACGGAGUACAUGUCGGCCUUCCGCGACAACUUCAUGGCCUGUAUGGAGAACAAGGACGUGACCUAUGAAGACAUCGUUGGUUCCAUCCGCCGCGGAUCCGGGGAGCGCGGCCUAUUCAAGCACUUGUUCUCGGCCGGCGGUAUCGACCUCAACGCCAUCCGCGACGCCCUCGCCGGGCACCACAUCGACAUCGAGCGCUUGGAAGGUCUGCCUAACCCCGAGGAGAAAUACGAGCUCCUGCUGACGGCGAUCCCGGACCGAGACGCGUUCGUGCUGCGGUUCAACCACUUUAUGUUCUCCGAUACCACCGCCCAGCAGUUCCUGCAGGCGUACGUAUCGCUCCUCGAAGUAGCCGCCUCGAAUCCGGACGUCAAGAUCGUCGACAUCCCUGCCAUCAGCGCAUCCGAGCGUGACCGUCUCAUCAAUGAGUGGUCGUCGGAGGGUGAGGUUGACCCCGUCGAAGGCUGUGUGCACGUCUUGUUCGAGGAACAAGUCAUCCUCACCCCCGAUGCCGUGGCCGUCACUUACGAAGACCAGUCCAUGACUUACGCGGAACUCAACGCCCUCGCCAACCGGGCCGCUCUCUUCUUCAACCAACAAGGCGUCAAGGCCGGAAGUAUCGUGGCACUCAGCAUAGACCGCGGGAUUUCUCAGAUCGUCAGUCUUCUUGCCGUCCUCAAGUGCGGUGGUGCGUUCGUUCCUCUUGACCCGGAUGACCCGCCGGCGCGUACCGAGGCCCUAAUCAAGGACGUUGGCGCCAAGAUCCUGCUCACCAGCACCGCCCGUGCGCGUCUCCUCGAGCGACGGAUUGCGUCGCAGGCGCUUGUUGUCCGCAUGGACGAUGAGUUCUUCCUGAAGCGCAUCUCCCGCUUGCCGGCUGAGGAUCUCGAGAUGGAGAUUGCGGCGACGGAUUUAGCGUACAUCUGCUUCACGAGCGGGUCUUCGGGCAAGCCCAAGGGUGUCAUGGUGCCCCACCGCGCUCUCUCCAACCUUGUCCGUCAUUCCAACGUUUACGGGUAUCACGAAGGGGCGCGGGUCCUGAGUUCCUUGUCAUACACCUUCGACCCAUUCAUGGUGGACGUCUUUGGCACCCUCGCCUGUGGAGCGACGCUGUGCAUGGGACGCAAGGAGCUUGUUCUGGGCGAUAUUGGGACCGCUAUCACGCAACUAAAGAUCAAUGUGCUGCAUUUGACCCCCAGUAUCUUGGCGACCGUCCCGGUUGCCGAUUACCCGACACUCGAGACUGUGGUGGUCGCUGGAGAGAAGCUGAGCAGGGCGGUCAUUGAGAAGUGGUGUAAGAGGACUAGGCUUAUGAAUAUGUUUGGUCCCACGGAAACCACCGUGGACGUCAUCUGCGCCCACAUCGACUCCGUCGACCUCAGCGGUGUCAUCGGCCGUCCCAUGGCCAACUGCCGCGCCUACAUUCUGGAUUCAAAGAUGAACCCGGUGCCCAUCGGCUGCGAAGGCGAGCUCUACAUCGGCGGCAUCCAAGUUGCUUCCGGAUACUUUGCCGAUGAGGAACGCACCGCGGAAAGCUUCAUUCCUUCACCGUUCGUAAAGGGCGAGAGGUUGUACAAGACGGGGGAUAUUGCGAGUUACCGCCCUGAUGGGAAUAUUGAGUAUAUCGGACGGAGGGAUUUCCAGAUUAAGCUGCGAGGUCAAAGAAUCGAGCUCGGCGAGAUCGAAGACACCAUCCAACGCUACGAACACGUCCAACGCUGCGCUGCUGUCGCGCGUCCCAUCCACGACGAACAAGCUGUCGUAGCUUUUGUCGAGUUCAAAAACACAACCACCGAAGUCGAUGAUGAGCUCAAUGGCCUCAAAGAGCACAUGUCCUCCAUCCUCCCCCGCUUCCUCAUCCCCUCUUUGCUACUGGCCCUCCCCCAGAUGCCUUGCACAUCCAGCGGGAAGAUCGACCGCAAGCAACUGAUGGCAAUGGACCUCACCUCGCUGCUCCCCACCAACGACGCCGUCAGCGCACCCGAAUCCUCCAUCGAGACGGACCUUAUCGACGUCUUUGCGACGCUGCUAGAUAUCGACCCCUCGACGCUGGGCACGCACCAUGACCUCUUUAGCCACGGCCUGAACUCGCUGCUGGCCGUGCAAGCCGCGGAAGCCAUCACCAAGAAAUUCAACGUCCACGUGGGGCUCAACAACCUGUACAUCCGCAGCAGUGUCCACGACCUUGCUGCGUUCAUCAUUGACCAGCUGGGCAGGGAGACGCGGCAGAUCCAGGAAGCCGAGGAUUCCGAACAAGAUUUCUUGAUCGAGUUGCUGCCUAUCAAGAAAAAAGGGAUUUUGCCCAGGUUGUUCAUCAUUCACGAUGUGACGGGAAUGGCGACGCCGUUUAUGCGGUUGGGCGCGUUCAUUCCGAACGAGAUCUACGCGAUCGGGGACAAGCAUUUCGGACAAGCCGACGGGUUCGACAGUAUCAACGAGAUGGCCGACCAUUACAUCACGCUUAUCCGCUCGGUGCAGCCCCUGGGCCCUUACGUGAUCUCCGGAUACAGUUUCGGCGGCAACGUGGCCAUCUGCGUGGCGCGGAAACUGCAAGACGCCGGCGAAACCGUGCAGCACCUGAUCCUCUUCGACUCGAUCUGCAUCCCGAGGAAGGAACGCAUGUCCCUGAAAGCCACCGAUUGGACCGCAGGCGCCAUUGACCGCAUCUCGGAGAACUUCCCAGAUAUCUCCGAGUCCUGGAUGAAUAGGCUCCGCACUGAGAUUGGCAAGAAUAUCGGGAGCCUAUUUGAUUAUGAGCCCCCUGCGCGGUAUGAGGGGCUCGUGACACUGGUGGUGCCCAAAGACAGGGCCUGGUUCCGCACAGGGCGUGCGAGCGAUUUUGAUACGGGAAUGGAUGAUUACAAUGGAUGGGGCGCUAGAUGUGAAAACAUUCAGUUGCGCGUUUCUGCAGGUCGCCACGAUACAAUGUUUGCGCCCGCACAUGUGAAAUCCGCCGCAACGGUCCUUAAAGAACUGCUCGCCGAAACGCCCACCGCACCUACGCCGGUUAUCCCGGCACGGGAGCAACUCACAGCACGCCACCGGCAUGACUCUGGUCUCGGCGGCCUCGAGUCCAGGAAGAAUUCCGAUUCUGAAGAGGCACCCACUACCGCCGCUGUCGCGAAAAGCGUGACGGAAGGGUUCAAGGCUCUCUUCAGUAUUUAA